CUUGUUUCCACUCUUUCUCUCUUUACCUCCCUCCCACACACACACACUCUCUCUCUCUCUCUCUCCAUACAUCCCCAUCCGAGAUGGCCCUUAUCGCUGCGGUAGCUUCUAGUCUGCCCACCGUGUUCAUGUAUGGGGCUCUUGCCCUCGGUGUGGCAUUUGCCGUUCACAUUUUGUCCCAGUUGAUUGCACCCCAAAAUCCCCGACAACCACCCACUGUCUUCUCCUGGAUUCCAUUCAUGGGUAAUGCCGUUCAGUUUGGCAUUAACCCGAUCCAGUUCUUGAAGGAUUGCCAAAAGAAAUACGGCGACGUUUUCACCUUUUACUUGGUUGGCAAGCGUGUCACCGUGUGCUUGGGUGCUGAUGGCAACCAGUUCGUGUUCAAUGCUAAGCAGAACUUGUCAUCCGCUGCUGAGGCAUACAACGACAUGACCAAGUAUGUCUUUGGACGUGAAGUUGUCUAUGACGCGCCACACAACAUUUUCAUGGAACAGAAAAGAUUUAUCAAGGCCGGUCUUAGCUCGGAAAGCUUCCGUCAACAUGUUCCUAUGAUUGUCGAAGAAACCACCGAAUUUUUCAAGGAUUUCAAGAAGCCUUCUGGCUUGAUGGAAGCCUACCACACCUUUGGCAAAUUGAUCAUCUGCACUGCAUCGCGUUGCUUGAUGGGCAAGGAAAUUCGUGCUGCUCUGGAUGAGAGUGUUGCUGAUCUGUACUAUGAUCUUGACCAAGGUUUCCAGCCCAUCAACUUCAUGUUUCCCAACCUUCCGCUCCCGUCGUACAAGCGCCGUGAUGUUGCAUGUGAAAAGAUGGCUAGCCUCUACUCGAGCAUUAUCCAACGUCGCAAGGCUGAGAACGAUAAUAGCAACGCCGAUUUGCUUCAAGCUUUGAUGGAUGCUACCUACAAGGACGGUACUUCGAUCCCCGACAAGCACAUUGCCGGUAUGAUGAUCGCUGUCUUGUUCGGCGGCCAGCACACUUCGGCUACCACUUCUGCCUGGACUAUCUUAGAACUCGCCAACCAACCCGACUUAAUCACUGCCUUGCGCCAGGAACAGGUUGAGAAGUUGGGAUCGCUCAAGACCGAAUUGACUUUCGAUAACUUGAAGGACAUGCCAUUGCUCGAAGCUGUGAUCCGCGAAACGCUCCGUCUCCACCCACCAAUUUUCCAAAUGAUGCGCAAGGUCGUUGCUGACAAGAUAGUCUACGAAAAGUCUGGAUUCGAGAUUCCCAAGGGCAACUUCAUCUGUGCUUCUCCUGGUGUCACCCAGGUCGACGAAAAGUACUUUAACGAACCCACCAGCUACAACCCUUACCGCUGGAUCGAAAAGAACGACCCUGUUCAUCAAAUGGAAGUAGGUGAUGAUGCCAACAUUGACUACGGUUUUGGCUCUGUCGGUAUCUCGUCCAAGUCGCCUUUCCUUCCUUUCGGUGCUGGUCGUCAUCGUUGCAUUGGUGAACAGUUUGGCUAUCUGCAGCUCAAGACCAUCAUCUCCACCUUCAUCCGUAUGUUUGAUUUUGCUCCUGAGAAGGAAGGCGUGCCCAAAGCAGACUAUACGUCCAUGGUCGUUGUGCCUGAGCAACCCAGCAACAUCAAGUACACCUGGAGAGAGUAAAGUGUAAUUAGUAUAUUUAUUCCUUAUAAUUCUUGCCAUCUGUUUUCCUUUUGCUUUGUUCCCUCCCCACCUACUACGCCGAAAAAGAAAACUUCGUUCUUCUCUAUUUUAUCUUCUUUCCCCUGCUUACUAUUAUUCUGUUUCCUCGCUUACUUAAUACUGCUUUAAACAAUGACAACCUUUCUUCUAAUGUCACGCCACUAAUUUUUCG